ACAAGUCUAUCACGUGGUCAACACAACACACUGCAGUCGCACCGCGAAGUUUCCUUUAAAACCCUAACGACUUGCCUCUCUCUCUCUCUCCAAAUCCUUAAGCGGUGCAUUGGCUCUCUCUCUCUCUCUCUCUCUCUCUGAUUGAAGGUCUGUAUCCGUCGCAGAUCCUUGGGCUUCAUCAUCAAUGGAUCCUCAACCGGAGCCAGUUAGCUAUAUCUGUGGAGAUUGCGGGCAGGAGCAAACUCUGAAGCCUGGUGAUGUCAUUCAAUGCCGAGAGUGUGGUUACCGUAUCUUGUACAAGAAGAGAACCCGCAGAAUUGUUCAGUAUGAAGCACGCUGAAAAAGAGACAAGGGGACCAGCCAUGAUUUCAAUGCUGAUUAUGUCUACGUAGCUGGAUAUUGGGAAGCUUGUAACUUAAUAGUUCUUUGUGGAUGUUGGACUAAGCCUCUAAGAUUAUGAUUAAGCCUUUUGCUUGCUUGAUUGUAUCAGAGAUGGGUAUGUUUUGAGCGCGUGGAAAAAUAACACUGAAUGAUAUUGUGAAAAACAAACAUUGGAUGAUAUUGUGGUAAUUGGUGGUGGUUUGAUCAAA